AUAUCAGAAAUGGUUCACAAGCCCCGCAACUCUCUCCUGACCGCCGGUGUCUCCAAGUACAGCCGCUCGCAGGUCUUUGCCAAGCGUGCCCUGUACAAGCGCAAGCCCGCUGGCAUCGUCAAUGCUGCCCCCGCUGCCGCCAACAAGACUGUUGAAGUCAAGGGUGCCAAGAACGGUGGCUCCCGUGUCAUUGCUGCCUCCAAGGCUCCCCGCUUCUACGCCGCUGAGGACAUUGCUGUCCCCAAGAAGCACCGCAAGCACGCCGGCACUGCCAAGCUCCGCAGCUCCAUUGUGCCCGGCACCGUCCUCAUUCUCUUGGCCGGUCGCUACCGCGGCAAGCGCGUCGUCUUCUUGAAGCAGCUCGAGUCUGGCUUGUUGCUCGUGUCUGGUCCCUUCAAGGUCAACGGCGUUCCCCUCAAGCGUGUUAACCAGGCUUACGUCAUUGCCACCUCCACCAAGGUUGACAUUGAUGCCUCCAAGAUCGAUGCCCAGUUGAACGAUGCCUACUUUGCUCGCCCCAAGGCGACCAAGAAGGCUGCCACUGAGGAGGCUUUCUUCGAGGGUGAGAAGAAGAAGGAGCCCCUUGCCGAGAACAAGGUCGCUCUCCAGAAGUCGACCGACAAGGUCAUCAUUGAGGCUAUCAACAAGGUUGAGCACCUCCGCCAGUACUUGUCUGCCAAGUUCUCCCUCUCCAAGGGCCAGGCUCCCCACGCUCUCAAGUUCUAAGUUGGUCGUUCAUCAAUUUUUUAGCUGAUUACGAAUAAAAGGAUGUGCGUGAACUUUUUUUUAUGA